UAUUCUCUACUUUCAGGGACCCAGGCCAAUGACCUGAACUUCCAGCUCUACCUGCUGGACGGGCUGAACCGGUGGAACCAGGCCGGGCUGCUGCUGCUGUGGCUGAGAAGAUGUCCGCUCUCCUCAGCUACUCGGGGGAUCUGGUACAUUGUGUGAACAGAUUUGGCACCAAUGUGUUUGGACAGAUGUUUGUCCCCUCUAACCGCCUCCCCAGCAAGUACACUGGAGAGUUGAUAGGCAUCGACUACCUGUACAUGCAGACGGGGAAGUGCAUGCAGGACAUGGAUCCUGAGGGGGAGGAGACGGAGCAGCUGCUGGAGGACCUGGGCGACGAGGCAGAGGAUAAGGGCUUCACAGACGACACCGAGGCUAGUCUGGAGGUCGUCUCUGCCCUCAUUUCGUUACCACCUGCUCAGCCCUCCACCAGUGGUUCCUGGUCCGCUGCUCCACCUCCUCCUUCUCCUCCACCACCACCACCUGCUCAGCCCUCCACCAGUGGUUCCUGGUCCGCUGCUCCACCUCCUCCUCCACCACCACCACCUGCUCAGCCCUCCACCAGUGGUUCCUGGUCCGCUGCUCCACCUCCUCCUUCUCCUCCACCACCACCACCUGCUCAGCCCUCCACCAGUGGUUCCUGGUCCGCUGCUCCACCUCCUCCUCCACCACCACCACCACCUGCUCAGCCCUCCACCAGUGGUUCCUGGUCCGCUGCUCCACCUCCUCCUUCUCCACCACCACCACCUGCUCAGCCCUCCACCAGUGGUUCCUGGUCCGCUGCUCCACCUCCUCCUUCUCCUCCACCACCACCACCUGCUCAGCCCUCCACCAGUGGUUCCUGGUCCGCUGCUCCACCUCCUCCUUCUCCUCCACCACCUGCUCAGCCCUCCACCAGUGGUUCCUGGUCCGCUGCUCCACCUCCUCCUUCUCCUCCACCACCACCACCUGCUCAGCCCUCCACCAAUGGUUCCUGGUCCGCUGCUCCACCUCCUCCUUCUCCACCACCACCUCCACCUGCGUCAGCUGCUGUCACCGCUCCGGGUGCCACCCCACAGGUUCCUGUUGAGCAGUUGGCAGUGGAUGAAAACAACAUCCCGGGCCUGGACAGGGUGGACCGCCUAGCCGAGUAUCUGGUGGGGCUGAGGAGCCAGACCAGCCUGGCCCUCAGCAACCGGGAUGUCGGCAUCAUCGUCGGCCUGUGGGAGGACCUGCUGCCCUACGACCAGCAGAAGGCGGUGUAUCAUGCACGGCACCAGGACAGGCUGCUGACGGGGCGCUUCAGGUCGCCUAACAAAAAGGGAGAGUUCACAUCGGGUGUGGACAGUUUGCGGAGAUACACCAUAACAGCGAGUGCAUCUCCUGCACAGUGGCCUUCAUGCUGCCGCCUGGUUGAUGCCAUCUGUGUCAGGCUCUGCACCCUCCACCCUUCACCUACCAAGAAGGGGAAGGGGUACCUCUCAAGGUGGAGUCUGAUCCUGAGAGACUACCGCAGGAUCAGGCAGCUCAUCCUGGCCAACGGGGCCGUGAUGUCCACCACCAGCCUGCAGCUGGUUGAGGUGAGCCAGACCACCCUCAUCCAGUGGCACAACAGGAGGGUGGCCAGGCAGGGUGUCUCUGUGUUGUGCCAGGGGUAUGGACCGCCCCGCUGUGGCUCCUCAAACCCCGGGCCUGGUGAACUAUUCCUACCCCCUCCCGGAGAGCACAGCGGGGCGGGCCAAAAGGAACCAGAGGGCCACAGCCACUGCCGCCGCAGCACCAGCAACGGCACCAUCACCAUCACCAUCACCAUCACCAGCACCAUCACCAGCACCGGCACCAGCAUUGGCACCAGCACCGGCACCAUCACUGGCACCAGCACCAUCACCAGCACCAGCAACGGCUGUGAGGCCCAGGAUAAAGACAGCCCAGAGGCGGCUGUUUCCCUGUCCUCCCGCCCCUGCCCCCUGUCUUCAGCAGCACCCCUGCUCCAUUUGUUUUUGCUCUCCCCCGGGCCCCUGCUCUCUCCGGCACUCCUGCCCUCACCCAAUCCCUCCCUAGCACAUCAUUCCUCCCGGUCAACCCCCUGUUGCGCUACCCUCACGCCCCCCAUUAUGUUUGCUGUCCCCUCAGCAGUGCCUCCCCAAGCCCCACAACAGAAGAGGCCGUACAACAGGACUGGGGAGGCAAAUAAAUGCAGGAGGUGUGGGGAGCCCCGGAGUGCAGCGACUGGCCACAGCCGGUACAAGGGGACAAUCUACUGCCCCUCCUCCGAGUCCCUGACCAAGGAGCAGUGUUUGGCGGAGAGGAGGAACAAAGAUCACCCGUGUUAA